GUUUUGAACAUACAUAGCCAAUGGUCAGCAAGCCGCCACUAGGUUUCCUUCUUACAUUUGAUAUGAAACAGGAACCCGGGCAAUCUUGCCAAGCUGAAGCUUGUGCACUUCAAACAUGCCUUUCUGCACACACGUACUCUCCAGAGAGAUGCGAUGCACACCUUAAAAGGCUCUAUCAAUGUUGCUCCAAGCUGUAUCAGGAUCGCGCAGAGAAUAAUGGCACAGAACGUGUCAAAGGUUCAAACCAAGAAAGCAUAUCGACAGCGUGUCCAAUACCAAGGGUAGUUGAGCACUGGCUCAAGAACCAUCCAUGAUGAUCGGAGCAUUAACGUUCCUGCAAAUUGAAUACGCGCCCGGACAUCCACUUUACACCAGCUUUCAACCGAUAGCAGGGCUCAAGAUGCCCAUCGUUCGGAUGUGCCGGCCUGCAGAAUCCAGAUGAAGUGCUUUUUGGAUGGUCGACCCUUGAUUAUGUUAGAAGCGUGUAAGGUCGACAUAUCGGGUGCUUCCUACAGUAUCCUACUAGUAGAUGUUGGACAUGAAGAACUGGCCUAUGGUAAUUUUUAUCGCACAGCUAUACUGUUAUUAGGCUCUUGAAGGCACGCAUUACACUAAAUUUACCUCUAUGGACCGAGGCUGUGGCACAGCUCGUCCUAGUGUCGUCACUUA